AUGAGACCUUCCACCACUGGAUCCCUCCUACUCCUCCGCAUCGUCCUCCUCUACUCCGCCGCAGUCGUCGUCUCACAACCUGCCAACGCUGCCUCCACAUCCUCAACUCUUGACCCAAAGCAAGUAAGGGCACUCCAAUCUCUCUACAUUCCAACAACCCAUGACCCCUGCACCCAACCUUCUUUCCACAACGCCACCGUCUGUGAUACCGGCACUCCCUUCCGCCACCUCCUCUCCCUCCGGCUUUCCAACUGCUCCGAGGACCUCUCCCUUUCCACCACAGCCCUUUCCUCCCUUUCUACACUCACCUCCCUCAGCUUUGUCGACUGCCACGUUCCCAUAGUCCACUUCCCCACCUCCCUCUCCAUCAACCUCCUAUCUUUCACAUCCAUCAACUCCCUACAACGUCUCACCGGCGUCUUCCUCAGCCGCUUCAGCAACCUUACAGAACUCGACAUCUCCGGCGAUUCCAUCAAAGCAUCCGGCAUCCACAUUAUAACCUCUAACAUGAAGUCUUUGAACACCCUAACCCUAUCAAACACUAACCUCACUGGAUUAAUCCCAAAACAUUGGAAUCCGAAGCUCUCGCACAUGGAUUUGUCGGAGAACAAACUCAAUGGUACUAUACCCACAUCUUUAACACUUUUGGAAAACCUUAGAUUCUUGAAUUUAUCUUCGAAUCAACUCACUGGAGAAAUACCCUCUACAAUUGGUGACUUGAUUUCUCUUCAAAAUAUCUCUUUAUCAUCAAAUUCGUUAUCUGGCUCGAUUCCGGGAUCAAUUUCCACUAUUUCAAGAUUAGUCCAUUUGGAUCUGGGUUCGAAUCAGUUAAACGGUACAAUUCCCAGAUCCAUCACCGAAAUGAAGGGAUUGAAGUAUCUGAAUCUGGAAAACAAUAAUUUCCAUGGAGUUAUGCCUUUUAAUGCGUCGUUCAUCAAGAAAUUGACCGUGUUCAAGAUAAAUGGAAAUGACAAUCUGUGUUACAAUCACUCUUCGAUUUCGAAAAAAGCGAAGCUUGGGAUUGCUCCUUGUGAUAAACAUGGACUGCCUAUUUUGCCUCCACCGGCGGCCGAUGAGCCGUCGUCAUCUGUGGAUGAUUUGAACAGCGGUGACUAUGAUGAUGGUGGUGAUAGUGGAAAGAAGAGAAAGGGAGAUGAUAGUGAUCAUGGUCCAAAUAAGGUUGUUCUUGGAGUGGCAAUUGGGCUUUCGGCUGUGGUUUUUCUCAUUAUUUUCUUGAUUAUAUUAUCCAAAUGUGGUGGUAGAUGCUGUGGAUGUUGUUAG